UUGCUAAGAGAGACAGAAAACAGUAGACUUCACUGACGGGAAACAGUUGCAUUGCAAGGCAAUCUACGUGGCAUCAGGCAUAUCCAUGCGCUCUUUUUUCAGUUGUGUUAGUAAGUAAGGGGGUCUCCGUUGACAAACAUGACCGCAGGCAGCAUCACCGUGCCGCUCAUCAUUCCGAUCCGGGUGCCGCCGCCGGGAAAAGCCAAACAUGAGAUAGACACUGCCACACCCGUCGAGAUCAAAUCAGACACCUGUGAUGUAAGUGUGUACUUCACUCUGGACGGCACUAAACCGGACCUGAGCAGGAGGAGACCAGGGCUCGGGGAGGGCAGCACCCUCAGGUACACCUCACCUGUCUGCUUACCAGCAGGGAAGGUGACCGUAAAGGCCUUGGCCGUCAGAAGUGAUGGCAGGGAGAGUGCUGUUGUCACCAAGGUCUUCCUGGUAGAACCCGCCAUCCAUGGAGAGAAGAAGGACGACACCGAGACCAAGCCGGGCGACGAACCGGACGCAACUCUCCUGGCCACCACUGUCGAGAACGGUUCUGGGGACGUUCCAACAGCCAUGAGGGUAUCCAGUGGUGGCAUCUGCAGAACCCCCUCCGGCCCCUCAGGCCCCCGGUUCCUCAGCCAGCGCCUGGGGAACCCGACUCCAACAAGGGGCGUAUCCGACCCUCAACACACAAAGAUUGUCAACCCAGCAGAGAGUCCUCUCAGAAACCUGACCAACACACACAUGUCUAGAAUUCAACGAGAGACUGACUUUCUCAGGUGUUCUUCUUGUCUAAGCCAUCGUCCGUCGGACCCAUUUGCUCGGUUCUGUUUGAACUGUGGGGCCACCGUACCCCCGGUGCCAGGGCAGAGACUCCCACCAACCGAGGGAGGACAGAUGGCCGUGUGUGUGUCCUGUAAAGCGCUGGUUCCGGUGAACACCUCGUCCUGUGUGGUGUGUGAGACCCCCAUGGCCCCUCAGCUCCAGCCCCAGGCCAGCCUCACACUGCAGGACAAAGUAAUCUGUCAGUCAUGUGGGACAGGAAACCCGUCACACAUCAACUGCUGUGUCACAUGUGAGGCCCGCCUACCACAACCUGCCACACCAGUGUUCAGUGGCCUUAGUGCUCCUCCGCUGCCCUGCUCUGAGGGUAAGAUGAUCUCCUGCUCCAAGUGCCGACGCCUCAACCACUCAGACGCCCGCUACUGUGACUGGUGCGGCGCCAAGCCAGGCCAUGUGGCGCGGUACCUGACGUGUUCCCGUUGCGGGUCCAGCUCGCACCCCUAUGCGAGCUUCUGCGGCCGCUGUGGCGUGUUCCUGGAGGGGCCUCACCGGGUGCAGUCCCGCUGCAGCUCAGCAGGGGGAGCCCCGCAACAAGAGAUGGCUGCCGGGGACGGUCACGGUGUCGUCUGGCAGGUGCCCUCCACCAGUGGCCCGUCCUUCCCACAGACGCAUGUGCUGGCGUCGGCUGCGGCGGCGGACUGCGUGGACGCAGAGACGCAGACGGCGGGACUGUUCUAUCCGUCGGCCACGCAGCUGCAUCAGAGAGGCCAGCAGGAGGCGCUGCAGCAGCUCCGACAGGAAAUGAUGCGGGACAGGAGGCCUCCACUCACCACCAUCAGUCCAGGAAGAGGAUACUGGCGAAAGCAGCUGGAUCAUAUCAGCUCUCACUUCCGCAGCUACACACAGAACAAUCUAGAGUUCCGCAGUCUGAUAGGAGAGCCUCGCAUGGGCCGGAUGGUCUCUGCAACAAUCGAGCAGGACAACUUUGAGGUCAGCCUCAGAGUCACCUUUGUUGCGGCCACGCCGGACAAACCAAAGACCCCAGAGGAGGUGGAGCUGAAGAGGCCCAUGGCUCUGAGUGAGAUUGUUAAUCUGAGCAGCGUCACGGAGGGGGCACGAGACAACGGACAUGUAGUGGAGAACGGUUCCACUCCUGCUGGUCAGAGGAAAGGCCCGAGGACCCAGAAGAGGGUUGUGGAGAAACAGCCGCCAAUCAAAGACAGUCUGUUGCUGAAGGAGGCGGGGCCUGAAGGUAGGGGGCGUGUCGAGGAGGUGCAGCAGCUACUGGAGGAGGGAGCCGACCCGUCGUGCCAAGACAGUAAUGGUAAUCCAGCCCUGGUUGUCGCGGUAACAAACAGUCACCAUGAGAUCAUUCCUGUGCUGGUGCAACGAGGAGCCGACAUUAACCGCCAAUCAGGACCACUCAACAACACGGCCCUGCAUGUGGCUGCUGCCAUGGGCAACCGCGGCCUGAAGAGCGCCGAGACUCUGCUGGGGUGUAACGCCAGCCUGAAGAAGAAGAACAGUCGAGGUCAGACGGCGUACGAAGUGGCGGUCAGCUCCGACUGCCGGGAGCUGGUCUCCCUCAUUGCCGCGCGCACCGGUCAGGGUCUGCUGGACCGCCUCGCAAAACCCAGAGCCCAGUCCGGGCUGGACGUAUUCUGAGAAAAGCGAACUUUGACCUCUGGCCUUGGGAGUCCCCAGUACAGGCCAGUAUUUGUGACUAUUCGCCUUAUUCACCCGGCGGCCAGAACGAGGCUAAAGGGUACACUUGCCAUUACACCUCAGUCCAGCAGAUGGUGGUGGUAAUGCACUCCGUUUGCGAAAAAAAACUCACUGAAGAAGAACAGGCCAGUGAACAUAGAUAUUAGAAAGCUAGAUGCCGCUUUGGGCUCCCGAAGGUACGUAAAUAGCACCGCCAGAAACACGUGACUGACUGGAAAUUGCUGCAAGCUGUCACUCCCCCAUAGACAGUAAAGGUGCUGCCUCCAGCAAUAUGGCGGACACAUUUACGUAUGCCACCUAAUAGAACUCAGUGCCCAAUGCGGUAUCUAGCUUUCUAAUAUCUAUGACGGUGAACCCUUCUUCUUUUUUGGUGAGCUUUUUUUUGGCAGUUUGCAAACAGAGUGCCUUACCACCACCAUCUGCUGGACUGAGGUGUAAUGCAAGUGUACCCCUUAGCCUUGUUUUGGUUGCCGGGUGAAUAGGGCGAACAGUCAGCAGGACAUUGGAUCGUGUGAUGGACACACAUGUCCUUUUCAAAGAACAAGAUUAUGAUGGACACCCAUGUCCUUUUCAAAGAACAAGAUUAUGAUGUGUGCACUCAGAACUACCCGUGCCUUAAUCUGGGUACAGAAGUUCGGAGGCUGUAAGCCUGAGGGGUGUGCUUUUUAUUAAAUGUGUUUUUAAGAAAUCAAUAAAA